AUGGUGGCCCCCCGGAAUACUGCGUAUGCGGAGGAGAGCGCUGAGGUAGAGGUGCUCUACGCCAACCUCGAGAAGCUCAACCGCCUCACCAAGAAGAUUCAAGGGUCCAUGGUCCGCCUGGAGACAAGUGGUAAAGUGGUCAAGGAGGCCAUUGGCCCGAUCUAUAGCAAUACACAGUCUCUUCAGACUACCAAUAUCAAUAUUGACAAGGUCAACGAUGCCAUCGACCGUCUCCGUCAGCCUCUGGACGCGAAGAGUCGAGAGGAGGGUAUCAUUCGCGCAGGACCGCUGAGCUCCGGCCUCUCACAAUACAUAUCGGCGAUGAAACGUGUUGAAAAGGCGCUGGUCGACCUCAACACUACAAAUUUACGAUCAAACCAGACAGCAAUCGCAGAUUUCAACGCGCUACUAAGUACUGGAAGCGGUCAGCUCCAAGAAAUGUUCCGAUCCGAGUUGAAACAACAUGUCACCCCAAUAGAGCCGUUGCACUAUUUAACGAAAGAACUCCCAUUCCCUUCUAUUCCCGAAGAAACACUUUCCCAACUGGCCCCACUGUGUGCAUCGAUUGCCUCCGCAUCCGCCCUGGGCCCCUCGCGAAACAAAGGAGAGAACCCUGCAAUGAAGAUUUAUGCUGAGGUGCGCGGGCCGUAUAUUACCUCUGGCCUGCAAAACCUAUCCAUUGCGUCUCUCAAUACUGUCAAGCGAAGACCGACCGAUGGACCAUACAAACAAGGUACCAACGGCAUUGGGAUCUACUCCAAUGCAUUGGAAGCAUUCAUCAAUACUGAGCAUGCGAUCAUUGUGCAACUGUUCCCUGGGGAUCAGCAGGGACUUGCCUUACAAGCCGUGUUUCUCUCAGCGAUGGGAGAGUACUCCAAAACUCUGCGUGAACUCAACCUAUACAUUCGGCAAAAUCUCAUGACUGACUGCUUCCUCGCAUUUGAAAUUAUUGAGAUUGUGACGGCAAUGUCCUACCGAAUCGAUUCGAAAACUGCAGAGUUGAAGGGCCUAUUAAUAGAGGCGCUGCGGCCAGUGCGUGAAACUGCCAAAUCUUCCCUAUCUGAGCUGCUAGAGGAGACCAAACGCAAGGCAGCCACCGUACCCUUGCCUCCGGAUGGAGGGUCAGUUCCCUUGGUUGAGGAAGUCAUGAACUCCCUUGCCACAUUGACGGGCUACUCAGGCCCCCUGGCAUCUAUUCUGACCUCCCUUGGUGAUGGCAAUUGGCGAUCUAAAUCUAGCACCGCUGGUACAGCGCCUUUGGACGUUGGGCCUGACAGCGGUACCCUUUUCUCGCACUUUAUCUUGGAUAUGAUUGAAUCUUUAAUGACCGCACUGGAGGCACGUGGUCGCUCCUUCCACAAGACGAAAGCCGCACUGGGCGUGUUCUUGUCCAACGUUUUCUGUAUUGUCGACCGGUCGAUCCGGCAAAGUCCAGAACUGGCGCGCUACUUGGGUGCCCCGGACAGCAUUGCCCGCAUCGACACCUUCCGCAAGCGUGCUACAUCAACCUACCUUGACGCUUGGAAGGAGACAUCCCAGUUCCUUCUUGAUGUUCAAUACACAUCCCGCUCUGGUGCACGACCCAACUCGGGAGGUGCCGUGGAUUCCAGCAGUAUCGUGAAGAGUCUGUCAUCGAAAGACAAAGAUGCCAUCAAAGACAAAUUUAAGUCGUUUAAUGCCAGCUUCGACGAAAUGUUGUCCCGGCAUAAGCCCCUUCACAUGGAACGGGAAGUACGUUCGGUUCUGGGACGAGAGUUGCAGGCGGUUCUUGAGCCACUUUAUGCCCGAUUCUACGAUCGCUACGUGGAGAUCGACAAGGGCCGCGGCAAGUACAUCAAGUACGACAAGUCGAAUCUUUCGGUGCAACUUGCCCAGCUUUCAUCAUAG